GAGAACCGGGUUGUUACUGGAGUGGGUGCCAGGAAAGCUUCCCGCCGUGCUGGGUUUGAGCCCUGCCGGGGCGGGCUGGUGGCAGCCUCCGGCUCCCUCUCACAUCUGCACCUCCGUGCCGCCGCCUCGGCACUCGGAGAGAGAAGGUGACACCCGCUCAAAGCUGCUGAACAAGAGAGGCUCUGUGUUGUCCCUAAGUGUAAAGUGUAAGUCCGAUGGGCCAGCCCUGCCUCAGCAGAUUUUGGUGCCCGGGUGAGAUUGCAUGCAGCAAGGAUCAGGAUAUUCACCCCUUGAAGAUGAUGAGGAUGUUUAUGCACUCAGUAGAUACAAAGAAACACCGUGGUGCUCGCCCAUUAAAGUGAAACAUGGUUAUGCAAACUGCAGGACACCUCAAGGGGAAUAUUACAAGAAUGUGUUGGGCACGAGAUGUGAUAUUCGCUGUCAGAAGGGCUACGAGCUGCAUGGCCCUCACCAGCUGAUUUGUCAGUCGAGCAAACGCUGGUCUGGGAAGGUGCUCUGCAAACAGAAGCGUUGCCCUGCCCUGUCCAUGCCAACCAACGGGGGCUUCAAGUGUUUGGAUGGUGCCUACUUUGGCUCGAGGUGUGAGUACUACUGCUCCCCAGGGUACCAGCUCAAGGGGGACCGCAUCGUCACCUGCAUGGACAGCAAGGCCUGGAGCGGCCGCCCGGCAGCCUGUGUGGACACUGAGCCCCCGAGGAUCCAGUGCCCGAGCGUGAAGGAGAAGUCGGCGGAGCCCAACAAGCUGACAGUGCGCGUGUUCUGGGACACGCCCGAGGGACGGGACACCGCCGACGGCAUCCUCACCGAUGUUAUUUUGAAAGGCCUGCCACCAGGGUCACAUUUUCCAGAAGGCGACCACAAAAUCCAAUAUACUGUGUAUGACAGAGCUGAAAACAAAGGCACCUGCAAAUUUCUUGUUAAAGUCAGAGUCAGGCGCUGUGUGAAGUUGAAUGCCCCAGAUAAUGGCUACAUCAAGUGCUCAGGUGAUGGCAAUAACUAUGGUGCUACCUGUGAGUUCUCCUGCAUUGGUGGCUACGAGCUGCAAGGCAGCCCAGCUCGAGUCUGCCAGUACAACUUGGGGUGGUCAGGAGUGGAGCCAACCUGUGCACCCAUGAAUAUUAAUGUGAAUGUGAGGACUGCAGCUGCACUUCUGGAUCAAUUUUAUGAGAAGCGGAGACUGCUGAUUAUUUCAACUCCUACUGCUGCUAACUUCUUCUACAGGAUGCAGCUGGGGAUGCUGCAGCCAGCACAGUGUGGGCUAGACCUGCGACACGUCACCGUGGUGGAGCUGGUGGGUGUCUUCCCAAAACUGAUAGGAAGAAUAGGAGUGAAGCUGCUGCCCCCAUCACUUACCCUGCAGCUCAGGCUGCUGCUGAGGAUCCCCCAUUUCAGUUUCAACAUCGUGGUGAUGGACAAGCACGGCAUGGACAAGGAGCGCUACCCCUUCCCAGCAACCCCAGCUGAGCUCUUUGCCCUUAUUGACAAGUUCCCCUUGAGGAAAGAUGAGAUGAAACUGCAAGCAGAAAUUGGUCACUCAUGUCCCUAAUUCAGCAUUUCAGGGCCUGCAGUUGUUGGUGAAUUUUUUUUGGUCCACAAAAUUCUCUCCUUGGUGCUACACAAAGCAUGGCUUUUAGUCACUGAUGUGAUUUUCUGUGUCUUGGUAAAUCUGUCCAGCCAUGCAGCUGCUCUGCAUAGAAGGGUGCUCUUUUUUACUUUCAGUCAUCUUUAGAUCAUAGAAUGGCCUGGGUUGGAAGUGACUUUAAAUAUCAUUGAGCUCCAGCCCUGCUGCCAUGAACAGGGACUUGUUGCACUAGAUCAGGUUGCUCAGAGCCCCAUCCAACCUGGCCUUGAACAUUUCCAGGGAUGGGGCAGCCACAGCUUCUCUGGGCAGCCUGUGGCAGUGCCUCACCACCUGCACAGUGAAGAAUUUUCCACUAAUAUAUAACCUGAACCUGUUCUCUUACAAGUUCAAGCCAUUCUCCCUUGUCUGUCACUCCAGAUUCUUGUAAAAAAUCCCUCUCCAUCUUUCCUGUUGGCUCUGUUCUGGGACUGGAAGGCCACAAUUAAGUCACCCCUGAGCCUCCUCUUUUCCAGGCUGAACAAUCCCAUUUUCUCAGCCUUUCCUCACAGGAGAGGUGUUCUGUCCCUGUGAUCACCUUGGUGGCCUUCUCUGUACUUACUCUGACUGGUUGAUGUCCUUCCUCCUGCUGGGGACCCCACAACUGGAUGAAUGUGGAUGUAGAAUUUACUACCUAAUAGAAUUUCUUGUACAGAGAGUAAAGAACUGAGGCACGUUUCUGAGAGUUUAUUUUGGAUUUUUCAUUCAGUGUAAAAUUGGGGUUUCUUUCUUACUGUUUAUAAUUCUGGUUAUUAAUAAAAUAUUGUUUUGCAAACAGAUAGUUUUCUAAAAUUCCUCUUGGGGGGUAAAACUGGUCAAUUGACACAGAAUUUGGUUCAAAAUAUCUUUCUGCAAACCAUUAUAAAAGACAUUAGCCUCACAUUGAAGGUGUAUAAGGAACCCACUGGUGCCUUUUAGUUCCACUAAAAAAAGUGUCAAUCACAGACAAAAAGCAUGAGCCAGAGGGAACACAAGCAUUGAUUUUCAGCAGCAGCAAGGAGAAAAUUGGUGAUAGCAGGAGCAUGGAAGUCAUUGCCACAGGGAAUAUGAUGAAGGAGCGGUGAUCAGUGUAGAGGAUGGACAGUAAUUACUAAGGCCCAUGUACUGCAAUUCUUAAUGGGAACAUAUGUUCUUACCUGCUGCACUUCUGCUUCUGGCUUUUAAUGUCCAGCAGUCUUGGAGUAGCAGACUUUUUUCUCCCCCCUUCACCUUGCAGACAGACCAGGCUGUUGUUUUGAUGGCAGGGAAACAUCACUCCAGGGAAACAUCAUCAAGGAUUUGUCACUUCCAGAGCUGUGAAAAUACUUGUUUGCAAGUCAUCACUUUGAAAUUAACAAAAAAAGUUCCCUGUUUAAUAAAAAAAUAUCAGGAGGCAAUCAGAACAGGGAAAAAAUUUCAUUUGUUUUAUUACAGCCCAGAGUCUCGACAAUCCACUGCAAAGAAUACACAUCAUGCAUGAAGAGUACAAGUGUCAGAGGAGUGAAAACUGAGUUUCAGUUUGGAUGCCUGUUCACAGGAUAUGAUACACAAUUUGACUGUCUGAGCUAGCACCCAGCAUCUGUGCUGUUCAUUCCUGCCCCUCAAGAGCACACUCUUUUUUCAGCCAAAUGCUUGUUUGACUUUGACCAUAAGGUAGAGUUUUAAAUUUUACAGUGGUGUCAGCACAAGAACAGUUUUAGCAGCAUCUUUAAAGCAAUCCUUACCAGAAUUUGGUCUCUUGCAUCCUCUGAAAUGAAAAAAAAAAGAAAGGGAAAGGGAAAAGGGAAAGAAGGGAAGGGAAAGGAAAGGGAAAGGGAAAGGGAAAGGGAAAAGAGAAAACUCUUUUAAAAAACAUUGGUCCUGCAAGUGAACUAAUGAGGAAGUAGAUGUGAAGAGAGGUAAGUCAGCCUUGACACCAGCUAGCAAAAGCUAAUUUGUGGGCUGAAGCAUAACAGCACCAAGGAGGAGCUGUGUGGGGUAUGCCAUGGACAGGAUGAUCUGCUUCGCAGUGUUAGCAGAGUGUUGCUGAACACACAAGAGCAGCAGUGAAAGCACGGCUUGGCCCUGCAGUGCUGGUGCCAGAGGCCAAGGAGAUCAGGAUGCACCCUGAACUCUGCUGGUGGUGGUGCCAUUGCCAGGAUGAGCAACUGAGGGGCAAAGAAGCUCUGGGCUUUCCAGGUGUUGCUGUUAGGAACAAGGGGCAAGGUCAGGACUGGUGACAGAAAUCACAGAAAUGCCAUUUCUCUUCCAGGCCUGAUCAAACAAACAAAACAAAUGUUGAACCCACUGUAAAGGAGCAAAGAGGGUGAGAGCCUGUGGGGUGGUGGACACAGCUGCACCCCAGGCUGCCUUCCCUCUGUCAGUGGUCAAGGGAAUCAGGGCUGGCCACACCAAGGACAUGGAUCUGUGAGAGGAGACCAGAGAGGAGCCUCUGAGGUGGCCCAAGGGCUGGAGCCCCUCUGCUGUGGAGACAGGCUGAGAGCACUGGGGCUGGUCAGCCUGGGGAGGAGAAGGCUCCAGGGAGACCUUAGAGCAGCCUGAAGGGGCUGCAAGAGGGCUGGAGAGGGAUUUUCAGAAGGGCAUGCAGUGAUAGAAAAGGCCCUAAGCUGAAGGAGGACAGGUUUAGAUGGUAGGAAGAAAUUCUGAGGGUGAUGAGGGCCAGGAAUCUGAAGGUUUUGAGCACCUGGUUGGAUGGGGCUGUCUGGAGCAUGGAAGAUUCCCUGCCCACAGCAGGGACAUUGGAAUAAGGUGAUCUCAACCCAAACCAUUGUGUGGUUCUGUGCCUGUGGAGCAGAGGCAGCCCAAGGACACAUCCAUACACAGGCUGCUGCGGCCCCAGUUCUGACUCAGGCUCUUUAGCAUUCACAUGCUUAGAGCAUGAAUCACAAGUGGACGGUUUAGUUGUUUGUUUUUUUUUUCCCCUCACUUUCUCACUGAAAAAGGAGAGCAACUGAUUUCCAAUGAUUUAAAAUCUAUUACAAAAAUAAAAAUCUUGGAUGGGUCUGAUUUUUCUCCUGUAUUGCUGCAAUUCCAAUCUGCUGCUGCUCCGUGUUGAUUUAGAUACACAGUCAGUGCAUCCAGUCUUCUUUCCUGACUGCAUGAACAGGAGCAGGGCUUUACAAUUGCUACAAUCAGGGAAGUGAUUGCAAUCACUGGGCUGUUACAGGAAAUUGAAUUAAGUGGAGGAGAGUGCAUGAGUGACUGGAUUACUAGUUAUAUUCUGCACAGAACAUCUCUUAAAAUCCUGUGAUUAAGAAAAGCUGUUCUUGAUUAGUAAUACAUGGAUUCUGGCAUUUUCUGUUGGACAUUUUUGUGGCCAGCAGUGAAAAGUACUAUGUGCCAUCUCUGUUUUGGAGUCAAAUCAGCCUGCAUGUAUGGUAUACAGGGAUUUGGUAGAAUGGUCUCUUGGGAGUGUUUGAACAAGGGAUUUAGUAGUUCUGGCUUUAGCCCAGCGUUUAUAUAUGCAAAUAUAUUCCAGUAACUCAUCCUGUACACUUCUGGUCCCAGAAAAAUAACACUACAUAAACAAGGUUCAGUAUCUACACCAGUGCACUUUUUUUUUUUAAGGUUUCACAAAAAAUUCUCCUCCCUCAAAGUUACAAUGUCUGGAGUCUAUUUCAUACUCCCAACUCUUCUUGCUAUAGCUCUAAUCCUACCACUGCUGUCAAAAUGCAAAUCUGAUUGAAAACAGGAAUAUUAGAGCUGCCAUAAGCCUUACCCUUUCCAUCCCACCUCCAGGCUGUUCAUUGCAGGAGAUGUGACACAUCCCAGUGCGUGGAUACAGUCAUGGGCUGGAGGUUCCUACAUCAAUCUGAACGUUCUGAGUGUGAACCAGAAGACUUCAAUUAUUUCAGAUGAGAAAACAAUUACUGCUCCUGACACGCAGCAUCUUUUACAAACAAAACCAUUGAGAUAAAUUGUGGGAGGCAGCAGUUUCUCAGCAAAAAAGCAAUUUUGUAAAUGGCCUGAUUUUCCCCAGAUUCUACCUAAUAAUCCACCUAAUUAGAUGAGAACAACCCCUGCUGUCACACACCUCCUCUACAGCUGCAGAAGAGAGACAAAUUUGAAGUUGCACAUCCCUAUUCUUGAAGUUCAAAGCCCUCUGGGACAGAAAGUGUUGUUUUUUAAUGAAAACACCAAUGAUCCUUCACAGCUCUGCACUAAACAACCACAACAUGGGACUUCAUUACAGCUCAGUGCUUACAUAAGAGCAUGAGUCAGACUGCAUCACAUAGUUAAUGAAAAUGCAGAGCCUGAAGAGUAACCUGGAGGGUAUUUAAAUACUCUAAUGAUCACAACCCACUUUUUAAGUUGAGGUGGGGGAAUAAUAGAGCUCAGGCUGUGCAAUCUCAGUACUUGAUCACUUCCAGCCACUCACCACAGUCUCUGCUCCUGCUGUACAUCCACAGGAAGCAAAAAGUGCUUCACACCGUCAGGAGGUGGCACAGCUCCUCUUGGCUGUGCAGCUGCUGCCCAUUUCUCUCUGCCCAUUUGUGGCUGGAGGAAAUUUUUAUGGCAGCUUGGUGAAAGGAGGAGUGGGAAACCACCUGCAGGGGCUGGAAGGCAGAGAACAUCAAGGCUGCCUGGUCCAGAGGAGCCAGUGAGGACAUGGGCAGCUGAGGAGAGCACAUGUGGUUUUUCUCUGGCCUCUUCAAGCAGUGACCCAGCUGCUGCAUGCUCUGUGAAACACAGAGGGAACAAAUGGGAAUGCCAGUGUCCAUGCAGAAUGUGCUAGUGCACAUCUAGUAACCAACAUGCCUCCCAUUGCCACUCACACAGCCAGAAAGUAACCAAAACCUGAAUUUCAAUAAUUAGCAUGGCCCAUACUUCAAAUUUACAAGGAGAAUUAGUCAUCUAUCACCUCCAAGAGAAGGGGAGGAGGAACUACAGUUCAGUUGUACAGGAGGAACAGAGGUGCCUUCAGGACCCUCAGGCAAGUCCUUGAGUACAGUUCUGAGUAAAGGUACAGAGAGCAGAGAAAUGGCAGCAGGGCUCUUCCCCUACCUGCAGCUGCCUUCCAGUUUUUGGGUGUCUGACCUGCCCAUAAAGGCCAGAACCAGCACAGGGAUGAGCUGGACAAGAGUGGUGUGAGGGCAGGAGACCCUGAGCUCAAACCAAGAGCCCACUGAGCCCUGCUGGGCUGGUCUGCCCUCAGCCUGGGCACAGGAACUGGGCCAGAGGCAGCACAAGCCCUGAGCCCAGGGUUUGCCUCCUUGCUCACUGGGAAGGCACAGCAAGCCACAAAAGCCCAGGGGAACCACAAGAAGAUCUAAGAGAGCCCUCAGCCCUGAGGUAAGUUGAAGGGAACACGACUCUGCUGAAAGUGUAAAUUAAGGGGUCGAAUGCUUGUUGAUUUUUCUUAUCAUAAUAAUUAAAAAAUAAAUCAGGACCAGAAAUUAGAGAAAAUAUGCAUUUUGAACAUACCUGGAUGUUCAGGUGGGCAGGACCUUGAACUAGGGAAGAGGCAGGAGAUUCAGAGAUGGAGGGGAGGACCUGAUGAACAUGGGGAGUUAAUAUAGAUGUAAAAUAAUUUUAUAGCAAGGAGGAAGAGAAUGUUGUAUUUCGCUUUUCCUUAAAAUUGCAUAUUUAAAAGAAAUCAUAUUUAAUGCUUAUGAAAUCAAAACCAGCUUAAUUUCUACACUUUAAGUGCUUUUAAGACAACAAAAGGAGAGACAGAGUCAAUCAAUGGAGUCUCACCUCUGAAAACAUGCAAGGCCCUUGCAUUGGUCAUCUCAUAUAAAUGUUGUCUUUACCUCAGUGAGAUAAGAUAGGAUGCUCCUGGGAGAUAUAUUUUCCUGUAAUUCAUUUUAGGAGAGACAAAGACACAGCAGCAUUUCAGUAUUUUAAUUUAGAAGACAUAACAGAAAUCUUGACAACAGCUGCAAAUGUCUUACCAGCCAUCUUUGUCCACAAAACAAUGUACAAUGCACAGUACAAAAAUGUUCUCAGCAGAAAACAUUGCUUUGUCUCAAUUUGGGCAAAGCUUAACAUACUGCAAUGCCAUUUACUGCUAUUACUGUUCAUGUCCACCAGAAUAAUUGAACAAAUUGUUAGCAACAUUUUUAGCAGAACAAAGGCAGCACGAGGGAUAUGUGACAUUCUCUAAUUGCUGCAACAAAUGGCUAUGCUUGGCUUUAGGCAAACCUCAACAAUUAGAGCUAUUUUUAAAAAUAUACAGAGAGCUGUCAGGAGCAGUAGCACACAGCCAUGUAACUGUUAUUGCCACAAAGUAGGAUUGUUGAAAUAAAUAAUCUAAGUAAAAGGUCAAGAUGCAGCCAGGGUGAGUUUCAAAAACAACCUAAAAAGUCCCCUAAAAUGCAAGCUGAGAUUCAGUUUCCAGUGUUAAUAUACACAGUAUAAUUAACACUGUAAUAUCACUUAUUAAACAGCAUUUGAAAACAUGAAAUCAUCAGGGAGGAGACUCAUGGGCACAGUGGUAAGGUUCUGUUAGCAUGCUUCUGAGCAUGUCCUGCUGAGCAGUGCUAAAGGGCAUCACUGCAAAUCUGCAUCCUGUUCUGGAAUUCACCAUCAUUUCUCUAGGGUCUCAAAUGUUAACAUUUCUGGGGGUAGAAAAAAAAA